UUUUUUUUUCCCCUUCCCCUCCCUCCUUAUAUUUUUUUUUCCUUCUCGUCCUUUCUCUUUCCUUUCUUCAUCUCCCCUUUUCUUUUGUUCUUCUUUUUUCACAUCUCUUUUCCUUUUUUCUUUUCUUUUCUUUCUUGUGAUACCCUUGUGAGCUUUCUGUUUUGCGCAGACAGCUCAUAUAGUCCCUGUGAAAAGGAGCCUCGAUUGUUGUCGAGGGUCUGGGACAACCCCCGCAAUUGUUUUUAUUUUCUAUCCUUAAAAAGUUGUGUGCUUUUGAUCCAUCAUGGAUCAGCAGAAAUUCCUGCAGCAACUGCAGAUCGUCCUGAACCCCGCCCAGGGAAAUGUGAAGGAAGCGACGGGUAUCCUGCAGCGCGAAUUCUAUAACAAGCCGGAGUCCCUGGUUUUUCUCAUCCAGAUCGCUACUGGACAUGAGGACGCCAACUUGAAGCAGCUCGCUGCUGUCGAGGCUCGCUCCCUGGUGAACAAGCACUGGGUUUCUGUGCAGGCCGGCCAGAAGCCUCAAAUCCGCGAGCAACUGCUCCGUUCCACCCUUGGCGAGGGCUCUUCCCUCGUCCGUCACUCAAUCGCUCGUGUCAUCUCGGCUGUUGCCAAGGUGGACCUGAACGAUGGCGAAUGGGCCGAACUCCCCAACUUCUUGAUUCAGGCCGGUAGCACCGGCAACAAGGACGAGCGUGCCGUGGCCAUCUACAUCCUGUUUACCAUUCUGGAGACUCUGGGUGAGGGAUUCGAGGAGAAAUUCCAGGAUCUCUUCAACCUGUUCGGCAAGACUAUUGCCGACCCAGAGAGUGAGGAAGUUCGUACCAACACCCUGCUGGCUCUCGGUAGACUUGCCAUGCACCUCGAUUCGGAAGAGGAUGUGGGUCCUGUUAAGGCUUUCCAGCAGCUCAUCCCCUCCAUGGUCGCUGUUCUCAAGGAGUCAAUCGAUCAGACCCAGGAGGACCGUGUGAUGCAGGCUUUCGAAGUCUUCCAGACUAUCCUUGGCUGUGAUCCGGCCCUCUUGACGGUGCACCUCAAGGACCUCGUUGUCUUCAUGAACGAAAUCUCUGCCAACACUGAGGUUGAGGAGGACACCCGUACCCAGGCUAUCAGCUUCCUGAUGCAGUGUGUCCAGUACCGCAAGCUCAAGGUGCAGGCUAUGCGUGUCGGUGAGCAGCUCACUCGCACUGCUCUCCACAUCGUCACUGAGCUGGGCGAUACCUCCGUCCUUGAUGAUGACAUCACCCCGGCGCGCUCCGCUCUUGGUCUGCUCGAUAUGCUGGCCCAGAGCCUGCCUCCAAGCCAGGUCGUCGUGCCCCUCCUGCACUCUUUGGGCCAGUACUUCAACAACACCAACCCCGACUACCGUCGUGCCGGUAUCAUGGCUCUGGGUAUGUGUGUUGAGGGUGCCCCCGACUUCAUCAGCACUCAGAUGAAGGAGAUCUUCCCCAUGGUCCUCCAGCUCUUGGGUGACCCCGAGCCCAAGGUUCGUCAGGCCUCAUUGCACGCUGUGGCCCGUCUUGCCGAUGACCUGGCUGAGGACUUGAGCCAGGAGCACGAGAGGCUCAUGCCCUUGCUCUUCCAGAACCUUGCCAGUGCUAUGCAAGAGUACAAGGGUGAGGAAGAUGGCCCAACCAUUGAUAUCAUGAAGGCCGGCAUCAGUGCUAUCGACGCAGUCGUCGACGGCCUUGAUGAGAAGGACGUUGCUCCUUACCAGGGUGAAUUGGUUCCUAUCCUGCAUAAGCUCUUCAAGCACCCCGACUUCAGAAUCAAGGGCCUGGCUGCUGGUGCACUUGGCUCUCUGGCCUCCUCUGCCGGUGACUCCUUCCUGCCAUUCUUCGACGAGUCCAUGCACUUGCUGCAGGAGUUUGCCACUGUCAAGGACAGCGAGGAAGAGCUCGACCUGCGCGCUAGCGUGACCGACGCCAUGGGCGAGAUGGCCGCUGCCGCCGGUGCUGAGCGUUACCAGCCAUACGUCGAGCCGCUCAUGCGCGCAACCGAAGAGGCUCUGCACCUUGGUCACUCGCGCCUCAAGGAGAGCACCUACAUCUUCUGGGGCGCUAUGUCCAAGGUUUACGCUGAGCACUUCUCUGCCUUCCUCGACGGUGUCGUCAAGGGUCUCUUUGCCUGUAUCGAGCAGGAUGAGACUGAUCUUGAAGUCUCUUUCGGCGAGGCUGCCAAGGACUUGGUCGGCCAGGAGGUGACUGUUGGUGGCCGCAAGGUCAAGGUUGCCAGCGCUGACGAUGACGAGCCUGUUGGCGAGGAUGGCGAGAUUGAAGACGUCGACCUCGAAGACGAAGAUGGCUGGGAUGACAUCACUGCCACCACUCCCCUGUCUCUUGAGAAGGAAAUUGCUGUUGAGGUCAUUGGUGAUCUCGUUACCCACACCAAGUCCGCCUACCUGCCUUACUUCGAGAAGACCAUCGAGAUGGUUCUGCCCCUUGCCGAGCACCCUUACGAAGGUGUUCGUAAGAGCACCAUCAGCACCCUCCACCGCUCCUACGCUAUGCUCUUCGCCAUUGCCGAGGAGAACGGCCAGAUGGCCAAGUGGAAGCCCGGCCUGCCUCUCCAGGUCGAGCCUGCCAAGGAGGUCAAGAAGUUCGGUGAAAUCCUUAUGACUUGCACUAUCCGCAUGUGGACUGAGGAAGAUGAUCGGGCUACCGUCGCCGACAUCAACCGCAACAUGGCUGAGAACCUGCGCUACUGCGGUCCUUCUCUGAUUGCCAACGAGACUACUCUCCACAACGUCAUCACGAUGGUCACCGACAUCAUCACGAAGAAGCACCCUUGCCAGCUGGAGUUCAGCCCUGACGACGAUUCUAUCGACGCCGGUGAGGAGUCUUCUGAGUUUGACUGGGUCGUUGUCGACACUGGUCUUGAUGUCGUUUCCGGUAUGGCUGCUGCCCUUGGUGAGAGCUUCGCCGAGCUCUGGAAGGUCUUCGAGAAGACUAUCAUCCGUUACGCCGGCAGCACUGAGUCUCUUGAACGUGCCACCGCUGUCGGUGUUCUCGCCGAGUGCAUCAAUGGCAUGGGCGCUGCUGUGACCCCUUACACUUCUGCCUUCAUGAAGCUGCUGGUGCACCGCCUUGGUGAUGAGGAUCCUCAGACCCGCUCCAACGCCGCUUAUGCCGUUGGCCGUCUCGUUGAGCACUCUACCGCUCCCGAGAUAGUCAAGGAGUUCCCCACCAUCCUGAGCCGUCUCGAGGCCUGCUUGCACAUGGAUGUCUCCCGUCUCCAGGACAACGCCACUGGCUGUCUCAGCCGCAUGAUCCUCAAGCACCGUGACAGCGUUCCCCUCAAGGACGUCCUGCCUGCUCUGGUCAAGCUUCUCCCCUUGAAGAACGACUACGAGGAGAACGACCCCCUGUACCGCAUGAUCUGUCAGCUGUACAAGUGGGAAGACCCUACCACCCGCGAGCUUACCCCUCAAUUCCUGCCCAUCUUCCAGUCUGUCCUCUGCGGUGACGAGGAUCAGCUCGAGGACGAGCGCCGCGCCGAGCUCGUCGAGCUUGUCAAGUGGCUGAACCAGAUGCAGCCCGGCGCUGCUCCUUGGGUUGAGCAGCUGUAAAGCUUACCCGACAUGAUGGCUUGACGAUUCAACAAAUAUUUAAUGGAUAGACUGGUUACUCAAAAGGUUUUAUGGUUGACUGAUAGAAGAUACCCCUCCGGAGCGCAUCAGGGUCGGCCCUGUUAUGCGUGAUGAUGUGACGAAGACGGAUAGAAAAGUCAUGUAUUCGUUUCGCAAUGAUUUAUGAAUCAAACGGUGUAAAUAUACCAAUGUUUAUAACCUGCA